UGGCUGUGUGCUCGAUAUUAUACACCUGUCAGCAACGGGUGUGGCUGAAAUAGCCGAAACUACCAAUUUCAAGGGGUGUUCGCAUACUUUUGUAUAUAUAGUGUAUUAUUGUUAGAAAAACAAGGCCGUUCGCGGCCGCUAUAGUAAUUUAAAGAAAGGAAGUUGACGGCUGCUAUGGGUUCUAAAGAGUUUUAAGGAAGUUAUUAAAAAAACUAUAAAUAACCAAUAACUUCCAUUAUCAGACCGUUAAUGAAACCAGAGCAAAACGUUCUCAGAACCUCCCUGCAACUUAAAAAUAAGUUCACAGAAUAUUUACUGAACAUUCAAUUUUACCAGGCAGGAAACUUAUGGGUUCGUUCCCAGAACCAAUUGGAAACCACAAACGUACGUUCUCACAACUUCCAACCAACCAAAUGUCCUACUGUAGUUGCGUAUAAAGGGAAAUAAAUUAGAUCUUCUGGGGCAGUCGCAGAAUURGGCUAGGUGAUCUUUACAUGUACCCACAGCAGCACAAUGUGGGGGCGUGAGGACAAUGUGCACAGAGUAGAAUAGAGUGGGGCGCUGUAAACAGUCUGGCAGAAAUGGUGCGCAUUAUAUGCAGGCAUAUCGUAUUCCUUUUGAUCCUGCAGAGUUUUCCUAUUACAAAAACACGGGUUAUAAAAUGGUAAUAAGUAAGGUGUUAUGAUACUGUCUGCAAUUAUUCUGGAGAGUAUUUGGACAGUUUUAUUUUUGUAUUCUAUACCACCUUCACCUCAUCCCCAUCGCUUGCAAUGCUGCCAGAAAAGCUGAAUAAAAGCUAAUCGUUGUUAUUGAUCAUAUUACGAUGUUUGAAAUGCAAUGUUUCUCGCUUCACAACAGGUUUCAUUAUUCUUUUCAUUGUAUCAAGUGAAUGCUGUGGUCACGUCCACAUUCCCACCAGACAUGAAAAGGGGAGCCCUUUGUGAACCAGUAUAUAAUGGCACGUCCAAUUAGAUCGAAAUUAGACGCCAUUUGAAUGAUGGAUGGAACUUGUGCCAUGGCUUUGCGCAUUUGGUUAUAUUAAAUAUUGUGCAUAUGUCUGUCCUAUAGUUAAAAAUGGUAGCGUUAAAAUAUUAUUUCCCCACAUUUUUCGUAGCCAUUUUAGUAGGAGUUACCAUCUCCAUGUGCGCAGGGGUUUUAAAAGAAAAGCUGAUGUGUUCGGAGAAAAAGUGUGUCACUGGGACACGAGGCACUCCCCGGGGGUCACAUGGUCCCGUUUUCAGCCCCGUGCAAGCAGGCAUGCAGUGCGUCCUCGUUCCUUUCCUAAGGAUGAGGGAGACUGAGAAAAACCAGACCGGCUUGGGAACUGCGGUCAGACCUCCASGGAUAGAGCCAGUGACAGCAUAGACGCUUUUCGUAAUUGUUUUCGCUGGCAGUGCUCACAGAGAAGUGAUUCACAUUACGCGGGAACUUGCUCGAUAGCAGAUGCAUCCUUUGGUAGUUUAUUAACCUUGGUUCUAAGUAUUGUAAUGAGUAUUCGAACUCAAAUAGAGCUUUUAUUAUAAAGAGGAACAUAAUGACAUCGUUAUAACAUAGAAGAGGACCUUCUUUUUGCCAAGAACCUAGCCAGAAGGGAAAUGAUCCUUUCCUAAACUGUUUUCUAAUUUCACCGAUAUCUAUAUGAAUGUUUUGGAGCUCAGGAUGGCAACAACAGCAAUGGACACAAAUAACAACAAUACAGGGGGUGUAAUCUCCUACAUCGGCUCCAGUGGCUGCUCACCGAACCGCACCAGCCCAGUGUCUAUGUACAGCGAGAACUCCUUCGGAGCCUCCUUCCCACCCUCCCCCAACGGUUCCCAGGGCUUCUCCAAUGCCUACUCCGGCAGUGGCAGCUCCAGCUCCUCCAAUGGUGAUGAUGGCAACUCCUCUUCCGGCUCCGGAGGGUCCCMGAGGCCUAGGGGUCGUAAUGACAGCAGCAUUUCUCGCUGCUCCCCCAGCAAGUCCGUGGCAAACCUUACCAAACUGAAUGGGAUGGUGCUGCUGUGUAAAGUGUGUGGAGACGUCGCCUCAGGCUUCCACUAUGGGGUCCAUGCCUGUGAGGGCUGCAAGGGAUUCUUCCGACGCAGUAUCCAGCAGAACAUCCAGUACAAAAAGUGCCUGAAGAACGAGACCUGCACCAUCAUGAGGAUUAACCGCAACCGCUGCCAGCAGUGCCGCUUCAAAAAGUGUCUGUCCGUGGGCAUGUCCCGCGAUGCUGUUCGCUUUGGCAGAAUACCCAAGCGUGAGAAGCAGCGCAUGCUGGCAGAGAUGCAGAGCACCAUGAACAGCAUGAACAACAUGCAAAACGAGUUCCAGCUGGCCAGCCUGACUCACAACUCUCCCCCUUCUCCCACUUCCUCUUCUCCCUGCCCGGGUCUGACUGUGGCACCCCAGCCUCAGGCCCUGCCUUUUGCCCCUUCCCCCUCUCCUCCAGUACAAGCCCCUGCUUCCCCUCUGCCCCCACCAUGCAACCAAAGCCCGCCACUGUUGGCCAGCUCUCCACCGCUGUGCCCCAGCYCUGGGGUGGACUGCACCAUAACGGCCAUUGCCCGGGCGCACCGUGAGACCUUUGUUUACGCCCACGACAAGCUGUGCGAUUCCGCGAGACUGCAUAACGGAGAGGUGGACAACUGGGGCUCCAACUACUGUCCUGCUGGCUACCACCAGAACAGCCUCAACACAAUCUACCACCACAACAACAACGUGGCCCUCCAGAACCAUGGCUUCCAGGCCAUGUCUGACAGACAUCACCAGAACAACGGCAAGCAGUUCCACAACAGCAACCUGUUCGGGAGCCACCAAAGCAUUGAGACUAGCAGCGUCCCCCAGGGCCAGAACUUCCCAUGGAAAAACCACAAGGACAUUGUGCUGGCAUGUCCAAUGAACAUGUACCCCCAAGCCGAACCCAACAAGACCCCCCAGGAGAUCUGGGAGGACUUCUCGCUCAGCUUCACGCCGGCUGUGCGUGAGGUGGUGGAGUUCGCAAAGCACAUUCCAGGGUUCAGUGCACUCUCCGAGAACGACCAAGUCACCCUGCUCAAGGCCGGCACCUUUGAGGUCUUGAUGGUGCGCUUUGCCUCCCUCUUCAAUGUGAAGGAGCAGACUGUCACCUUCAUCUCGGGUACCACCUACAGCCUGGAGGCCCUGAAGGGCAUGGGCAUGGGAGGCCUGCUAGACACCAURUUUGAAUUCAGCGAGAAGCUCAACUCCCUGGAGCUCACGGCCGAGGAGCUGGGUCUCUUCACCGCUGUAGUGCUAGUGUCUGCAGAUCGCUCAGGCAUCGAGAGCCUAAACUCCGUGGAGCUGCUUCAGGAGUCUAUGAUCAUAGCGCUGCGUGCCCUGGUCAGCAAGAGCAACCCCUGCGACGCCUCUCGCUUCACCAAGCUGCUGCUCAAGAUGCCCGACCUGCGCACACUCAACAACAUGCACUCAGAGAAGCUGCUGUCCUUCCGCAUCGACGUAUAAGACUGUCACCACUGAUGACAAGAAAACCCGUCUGGAAUCGUCGCCCAUCUCCACCUCACAGASAGUGGUGGUUGGGCGGCUAAGGGGCGGGGCAAGUUGGGGGAGGUGACAGGGGAUCUGAUUCCACCUGCUCGCUUACUCCCUUCAGGGACACCCGCCUCCGAGUUGACUGAUGUGUGCAUCAGCCAAUGACAUGGCCGAAAGACAGUGACUGACAACUGAUAGGGGUAAGGCCAAUAGACCCAUGGAGAUUAGGGAGACAAAGCCCUCUACAUAAAUUAUUUUUGGAGGUUGGGGUGGUCGCAGCUCAAAACUGCUCAAAACUGCCCAGAACAAGUUCCCCCUCUACACCAGCCGGUCUAAAGGGGCCAGAGACCAUUUGUCGGUUGAGCUGAACCAAAAGCAGCAAUUGGGCUUUACUACCCCACAUGUCCAGCUAGGCCUGGUUCCUUCCAAGAGUCUGCUAGAUGCAUUUUAAAACCAUCUGCUCUGUUUUAUCAUGACUGUAAAUAAUUAGUAAAAUAUGUGCAGUGUUGUAAACUUUAUUCAUACUCCAAACUGAGUUUGUACAAAUUUGUAAAUAUCUAGCUACAAACAUCAAUAAGCUUACUUGAAAUGUUUGAAAAAUKUGUAUAAUAUAUAUAUUUUUUGGUUAAGAUUAAAUUCUCUAAUGCUCAUAGUUAUAAAUGUGUGGGUACAAAUGUAUAAAAUACAAAUUGAGUAUGCGUACAAAAAAUAAUAUCCAGAACUGUAUUUCAAAAAUGUUUUAUGUAAUGAAGGCAUUAUACAAAAAAAUACUUAUUUGAAUUCCUUUGUGUGAUCUUUUUCUGUAGUACCGAUCUUGUUAUUCUACAUCYGACUGGGUUAGAGAGACCUAGCUUUUAGAGGGCUGUGCUAUGUAAUCAGUAAGCCACAGGUCACCCACGUCACAACACUCACUGAGGAUGUUGACACAACACUAAAGUGGGAAUAACAGUUCGUACUGACCAAUAACCAAGGCUGCACAUUUGCUUGGAUUAGGUCUUAGUUAUARAAUACAUUUCAAAUUUGAGUAACCCAGUCCACUUUGACCUUGUGAGGAACUUAUUUGAAAGAACAUGCUGACAGUAAUUUUUUUAUUUCACCUUUAUUUAACCAGGUAGGCMAGUUGAGAAGAAGUUCUCAUUUACAACUGCGACCUGGCCAAGAUAAAGCAGUAGCCCAUUCAAUAGUAACAGAUUAUURCUGUACCUCAAGGUCUUGUCUAUAAUUAUUUCACAGAACACACUACAAGUAAGUGUAAAUCUUCCCCAUUUAUAAAACCACUCAAAACAUUUCUCAUGUUCCUGAUAUGUUUCCGCAUCCCGUCAUGACCACAACCACAAAGUACAGUAUAUGUUCUGCAUUGUAGCCAAUAGUCAAAUAUACUGUAGCUAACCAAAAUGCAGAAUUGUUGAGCGCUAUCUGCAAAGUAAUUGUUACCAAGUAAGGGUAUGACACUAGUGCUCGGAUGAAAAACAUACCAAAUGUAACACAAUGAUUUGGUUUGCAAAAGUCAAUGAGCUACAGUCCUGCAGACAAAUCGUAGGUUAGAAACUAGAUUGUAAUAAUUAUGUAUGGGUAGGAACAUUUCCAUGGACACAAGGUUUUCAUUAAUGAGAGCAAUUUGUAAUAUACUGUAUAUACAGCGCAUUUGGAAAGUAUUCAGACCCCUUGACUUUUCCCACAUUUUUGUUACAGGC